AUGGAUUCAGAAGCACCUUUGACGGCCAGUGAACAAGACAACCUACUGGCUAAUCUAUCACAACUUGUAUCGAAGUCAACGGAAGCACUCCAGGCUUUCCAACAAGCCGCGGAACGAUCAAAGCAAGAGAUUGACAAAUACAAGCCUUUGGACCUACAAAAUAUAAAAAGUGAUCCGGUAAAAACUAUUCAUCUGGAAGGCAACAGCAUCGCGAAACCAAAAAAAAAUUACAAAACAGAUCGGUUCACCCAAUUGAAAGCCACUGAACCCGUAGUAUCGGAAUCGAUAAGAAUCCUACUGAUGUUGUCAAAAACGCUGAAGAAGUUGCAACCUAUAGUGAUGAUGGAACUCGAGAUUUUUUUGAAGUAUGAUGACAAAUAUAUCCAAAUCACACAAUUACAGGAAGAACUAUACCGUAUGAAACGCGAACUUCAUUCUAUACACCGUUUAGAUAAUAUUAAGAAUAACGCAAAGGUCCUUACACAGGAGGUACAACGUCUCAUGACACACAAGCCUGACCAUACUACUAUACCAGAGUUCUUGAGGAAGCAUCGCAGGGUCGUCGAGAGUAGCGGUGUACUCGAUUGCGGGUGCCCCGGAUAA